AUGGCCAAGCCACACUAUGUUCCCCACCUCAAGCCACCUUCACCCUCUCCUCAUCGUCUUCCACGUCCCCAAGCCCCCCUUCGUCGCUCCCCAACGCGUCCUCCCCACGUCCCAAUCAUCGCUCCUUCCUCCUGCCUCUUAUCGAUUCUCGCAACCAUCGCUACUGCCCCCCCAGCUGUAGGCGGCAGCCCCCUCCCUAUCCAAACUCAUCCUCCAGGCUUCCUGUGCCCAUUCAUUGAACGUGACACCGUCGGUCUCCCAGACGAUCAGCCCUCUGUUGCUCUCUCUUCAGACAGCGGCAUCACUUACUCCGAACCCACCCCCACGAGGAAACCCACGAAGCUCGCUCGCGAAAUAGCGGACAAAUAUGUCCAGGGCACUGAUACUCGCUGGCGCAAAACUGACAAGUGGACCCUCUAUGGUUCAACGUAUUGCAGCACAAGUACAACCACAUCCGUCGCUAACACUGAUGGUGACUUCGCCCUACCUACCCCGCCCCCCUCUUCAACUACGGCAGAUGUCCUCUCCUCUAACUAUACUUCAACUAUUGUUAUUUCUACCAGCUCCACUGCAACUGACUUUUUGGAUACGUCGGUUCUUCCUGCUGGCUGGAAAGAGGACAGCUCCUCCACUAAAAGUAACACUCCUCUGAUUCUUGCCUUGUCCCUCGUACUUGCUUUAUCGAUAUGUGGAUUCAUGGUAGGAUGUAUCUUGUGGCGAAAGAAGAAGAGGCAUCUACGUGCCGUAAAUGACUUGGAGCUGAAGAUCAGGAAGAAGCUCAGGCCCGAUGAUACGUCGGAAGAUGAUCAGUUCGAUAAAGACGUUCUAGGAAAGCAGAGGCUGUGGGUAAAAGCAAGCGCUCGAUGGAAGGCAAAUAUCCGACAUUCAGCCCGCCGAAGAAGGAGCAGGAGACCAGCGUUUUCUGGCAUGAAAAGUCCACGUUCCCGUUCAUCAUCAUUCUCGCUAACAGAUCCACCCGAUGUCUCCCUGGGUGUCUUGCCGCCACCUGCCCCCUCUAGCUCCCUUUCUCGGCGUCAAUCCCUUGCGUCUCUGCUCAGUCAAGAGAACCAUAUAUCAUCUACUUCACAAAUCUCGGAGGAUAGUGAUACAUUCGAUUCCAUCAAGGCCACCACGGUUUCGCAAUCACCCUCGAGUGACAUACCUGCUUUUCCACCAGCGUACAAUACGUCUACCACUUACAACACUCCGUCCGUUCCUUCGGAUGUAGACUCUUACGCUACUUCAAGUCUAGAUUUGGCACACUUUUCAGCUGCAAGGGUCAACGCUCUCCGACGCUCAUCUGUUCACCUCAGUCAAUCUGACCCCUCCUCUGAGGACUACAUAUCAUACGAGGCUGGUGACUUUGCCGCUCAUGUCGCAACGGACGACAAAACUCAGCUGGCACGAUUAGUUGAUAUGGCAAGCGCACCACCCAUUAUGGACGAGCCAGGUGGCAGCUCUCACGUGCACAUAUCAGCCCCUGCAUGGCAUUACGAGCCCGAUGUUUUCCCUGAUGAUUUUCCUCCAAACUGUUCUCGACCAUCCCUCUCACAUGUUCAUAUGCCCUAUCCUAUGCCACCAUCUAAAAGAAACUCGACCGCCAAAUAUUUUGACGGUUACCCAUACGCAUUUGAGGACGACAUUGCGAGCUUGGAAGUGGAGCCGUCUGCACCUCCGUUUGAAGCCCAUCCUAGUGCUCCGCCGAUUGGUUUAGCGGCAUCGGCCCCUCCUUUGGAGGUAUUUGGCCAGCCCCACGGCUCAUGUAUAAAUGUGCCAGAUCUAGACUGGCCAUUGGAGGGUAGUGAAUACGAAUCCUCGACGGUUUCUGUAGAUGUACUUUCAGAUGAAGGAUUGCUUCCAUCACACAACCGGCUUGGCUCGCGCCAUCCAUCAUUUACUGAAACUGGUAUGCUUCCCGUGCAAGGACCUGCUGCUAGGGACGGUACACUACCUACAUAUUGUCCUUAA